CCUUUGUAGUACAUGAGAAGGGUGGUGGACUGGUGGCGCAAGUUGCUAAAUUUUCUCUCCUGUUGGCUGAUGUUGAGGUGUCUGAUAUAAAUUAACACCUUUUUGGGGAGUGUCUAUAUGGGUUUUUGCUGAUUUCUGAUUUUGAAGACACCCUUUCUGGGAUUUUGGGGAAUCUCUAAAGGGGUAUGGUAUUUAUUUCACAGAACCCAUUUUUGGGAGCCUGUGUUUUGCUCGUGCCCCUGGUGUUGACUGAAAACUUAAACUCGACGACUGCAUUUUGGUUCAGCUUGUUCUUCUUGGGAGGCAGAAAUGAGGAUUCCAUUUCAGAUGAACUAGAACAAAUCACAUUCCAGCCCCUUUGAACUUUUCCAAGACUGAGUUGGACUAGAUCAAAAGAAGAAACGCAGAAUAGUGAGCAAGUUUAGAUUUAUCCAUUUUGAUGGGGAAUAUAAAUGGAAAAGAGGUGAAGGAGAUUGAGGGAGUUGAGAGAGAGGAUGUGGAACAGAUCAGUAAUGAGCAGGAAGAAGUGAAGAGAAUUGCACCAUGGACAAAGCAGAUAACAAUUCGAGGACUUAUUGCUAGCUUAGCAAUUGGCAUCAUAUACAGUAUCAUAGUCACAAAGCUAAACCUCACAACUGGGCUGGUUCCCAACCUUAAUGUCUCGGCUGCCCUUCUUGCCUUUGUAUUUGUCAGAACAUGGACUACGUUGCUUCAUAAGGCUGGAAUUUUUCCUACUCCAUUUACUCGACAAGAAAAUACAAUAAUUCAGACCUGUGCAGUUGCCUGCUAUAGCAUUGCUGUUGGAGGUGGUUUUGGGUCUUAUUUGUUGGGUUUAAAUCGGAAGACAUAUGAGCUAGCUGGUACUGAUACGGUAGGGAACAAUCCUGGUAGUACCAAGGAACCUGGGAUUGGCUGGAUGACUGGCUUCCUCUUUGUGAGCAGCUUUGUUGGGCUCUUGGCUUUGGUUCCUCUCAGAAAAAUCAUGAUAAUAGACUACAAACUAACUUAUCCGAGUGGGACUGCAACUGCUGUUCUGAUAAAUGGGUUUCAUACUCCUAAAGGAGAUGAGAUGGCUAAGAAGCAGGUUCGUGCAUUUAUGAAAUUCUUUUCAGUCAGUUUCCUGUGGGCUUUCUUCCAGUGGUUCUAUUCUGGCGGAGAUGCAUGUGGCUUUGUUCAGUUUCCUACAUUUGGUUUGAAAGCAUGGAAAAAUAAAUUCUAUUUUGACUUCAGUACAACAUACAUUGGAGCAGGAAUGAUCUGUUCCCAUGUUGUGAAUUUGUCUUUGCUUCUGGGAGCAGUGCUUUCUUGGGGAAUAAUGUGGCCACUAAUUGAUGGGCUCAAGGGAGAAUGGUUCCCAGAAACUUUGCCAGAAACCAGCAUGAAGAGUCUAAAUGGUUACAAGGUUUUCAUUUCUAUUGCUCUAAUUCUUGGAGAUGGGCUCUACAAUUUUCUUAAGAUACUGUUUUCCACUGCUAAAAGCAUCCAUGAUCGAAUGAAAAAUAAUGGCCCCAAAACACAUCCUGAUGUCCAGAACAAGUCUAUUGAUGAUCUUAAACGGAAUGAAGUGUUUGUAAGAGAGAGCAUUCCAUUGUGGGUAGCAUGUGUAGGGUACACUGUCUUCUCUAUCAUCUCCAUCAUUGUGAUUCCCUUGAUGUUCCCUCAGCUAAAGUGGUACUAUGUACUUGUUGCUUACAUUCUUGCACCCUCUCUAAGUUUCUGCAAUGCUUAUGGUGCUGGUUUAACUGACAUGAACAUGGCUUACAACUAUGGAAAAGUAGCACUCUUUGUGCUUGCUGCCAUGGCUGGGAAAGAGAAUGGUGUGGUUGCAGGGCUAGUUGGUUGUGGUCUGAUCAAGUCCAUUGUUUCCAUCUCUUCUGAUUUGAUGCAUGAUUUCAAGACUGGCCAUCUAACGCUCACUUCUCCUAGAUCAAUGCUACUCAGCCAGGCUAUUGGAACAGCUAUGGGCUGUAUUGUGGCUCCUGUUACAUUCUUUCUCUUUUACAAGGCAUUUGAUGUUGGUAACCCAAAUGGCAAAUAUCCAGCCCCUUAUGCCCUUGUUUACCGAAACAUGGCAAUUCUAGGUGUUGAAGGCUUCUCUGCGCUGCCCCAACAUUGCUUGCAACUGUGUUAUGGUUUUUUUGCCUUUGCCAUAGCAGCCAACUUGGUAAGAGAUCUUUCUUCCAAGAAUGUACAGAAAUGGAUUCCUCUUCCAAUGGCUAUGGCUGUUCCUUUCUUGGUUGGUGCGUAUUUUGCAAUUGACAUGUGUGUGGGGAGCUUGAUUGUGUUUGCUUGGCACAAGCUAGACAAGAAGAAUGCAGGUCUCAUACUUCCGGCCGUGGCUUCUGGCCUGAUAUGUGGAGAUGGGUUAUGGCUUCUCCCAUCAUCCUUUCUUGCUUGGUUCAAGGUUCAUCCUCCUAUCUGCAUGAGCUUCUCUCCAGCUAAAGGCUGACAGUAUUUGCAAUAAACCUACUAUGAUGCUUGAUAGUUUUUUUUUUUUUUUUGAUAGAGAUGCUUGAUAGUUAAUAAACGAAGUUGCCAUUGCACGUGGCAAUUGGUAAAAACAUAGCAGUUUAGAUAAACGUAUUAAAACUUCUAUGACAUUUACACUUAAUAAGGGCAAUUUUGCAAAAAGCCAAUUAUAAAAAGUAGCUGUUGUA